UAAAAGAGAGAGGAGGAAAAGGAAACUAACAAUUCUCGGCGCCAGGCCAUCCCCACACCCAGUGCAACCAGCAGGUAAGGCAAACUGGCAGACUGCUCAGAGGGAGUCCCGGGAGCAGCAGACUGGUCUGAGCCGCGAAAAGAAGAGAAGUAAAAGAUCAAAGCCUGCUUGGCACCGGCUCUAGUCUCCACUCCGACCCCCAUUUCGGCUUCAGCCUCAGAUCUGGCUCCAGGCCUCAGUGUGACCGAUUGCAUCCUCCGUCUCCGUUCCUGUCUUGUGGCUGCUCCUGUUCCAGGAUCCCAUACCUGGACCCCCUAGCCAUGGCUGGUCCCUUCUCCCGUCUGCUGUCUGCCCGCCCGCGGCUCGGGCUCCUGGCUUUGGCCGGAGCUGGGUCUCUAGCCGCUGGGUUUCUGCUCCGCCCGGAACCUGUUCGAGCAGCCAGCGAACGAAGGAGGCUGUAUCCCCCAAGCGCUGAGUACCCAGACCUCCGAAAGCACAACAACUGCAUGGCCAGUCACCUGACCCCAGCAGUCUAUGCACGGCUCUGCGACAAGACCACACCCACUGGUUGGACGCUAGAUCAGUGUAUCCAGACUGGCGUGGACAACCCUGGCCACCCCUUCAUCAAGACUGUGGGCAUGGUGGCUGGAGAUGAGGAGACCUAUGAGGUAUUUGCUGACCUAUUUGACCCUGUGAUCCAAGAGCGACACAAUGGAUAUGACCCCCGGACCAUGAAGCAUACCACUGACCUGGAUGCCAGUAAGAUCCGUUCUGGCUACUUCGAUGAGAGGUAUGUAUUGUCCUCAAGAGUCAGAACUGGCCGAAGUAUCCGGGGACUCAGUCUGCCUCCAGCCUGCACUCGGGCAGAGCGACGAGAGGUGGAACGCGUUGUGGUAGAUGCAUUGAGUGGCCUAAAGGGUGACCUGGCUGGACGCUACUAUCGGCUCAGUGAGAUGACAGAGGCUGAGCAGCAGCAGCUUAUUGAUGACCACUUUCUAUUCGAUAAGCCUGUGUCCCCAUUGCUGACUGCAGCAGGAAUGGCUCGAGACUGGCCAGAUGCUCGUGGAAUCUGGCACAACAAUGAGAAGAGCUUCCUUAUCUGGGUGAAUGAGGAGGAUCAUACCCGGGUUAUCUCCAUGGAGAAGGGUGGCAACAUGAAGAAAGUGUUUGAAAGAUUCUGCCGAGGCCUCAAAGAGGUGGAGCGGCUGAUCCAGGAGCGUGGCUGGGAGUUCAUGUGGAAUGAACGUCUGGGAUACAUCUUGACCUGUCCAUCUAACCUGGGCACUGGACUUCGAGCAGGAGUGCACAUCAAACUGCCCCUGCUAAGCAAAGAUAGCCGUUUCCCAAAGAUCCUGGAGAAUUUAAGACUCCAAAAGCGUGGCACUGGAGGAGUGGAUACUGCUGCCACAGGCAGUGUCUUUGACAUCUCUAAUUUGGACCGACUGGGAAAGUCAGAGGUGGAGCUGGUGCAACUGGUCAUCGAUGGAGUAAACUAUUUGAUUGAUUGUGAACGUCGUCUGGAGAGAGGCCAGGAUAUCCGCAUCCCUGCACCUCUUGUCCACAACAAACAUUAACUCCUCAUCCCCAUCAGAUGAUUAAAAAAAACCCAAGACUUCUGCUCAUUGAUGGUGGGCCAUUCCACUUUCUCUGGACCUGACCCCCAACCCCUGCCUCCAUCCUAGUAAAGAUUCCUUGCUGUGUUCCA